GCGCUCACCCCUGCGCUUCAUUUUUGGCCCCUCCCGGCCACCGUUGCUCUCUACAAUUCGGCGCCCGUGACCCGGAAGAGCAUCCUCCUUAGCAACUGCGGGACGGCGGCGUUGCGGGCCUCCCGGGAGCCACGCUAGUGACACUUGAGCUGCUCAAGGUGGGAAGAAUUCAGAGCAGUGGAGGCCCUGCGGAAUCUGGAGAGAAGAGGUGACCUUGGAACCAGUAAUGAGCCAUCCUGACUACCGGGUGAACCUCCGGCCCCUGGGGACCCCCAGAGGUGUGUCCUCUUUGGUUGGCCCACAUGGUGUUGGUGCUUCGCCAGGUGACAAAAAGUCAAAGAGCAAGACCACACGAGGGAAGAAAAAGAGCAUAUUUGAAACCUACAUGUCCAAGGAGGAUGUUUCAGAAGGCCUGAAGAGAGGAACACUUAUCCAGGGUGUUUUGAGAAUUAAUCCAAAGAAGUUUCAUGAAGCCUUCAUUCCUUCCCCGGAUGGUGAUCGAGACAUUUUUAUUGAUGGCGUUGUUGCUCGUAAUAGAGCCUUGAAUGGGGAUCUGGUGGUUGUGAAGCUGCUUCCAGAGGAGCAGUGGAAGGUAAUUAAACUGGAGAGCAAUGACAAGGAAACAGAAGGUGCCUAUGAGUCCGAUCUCCCCGAGGAGCUCUGUGGAAGCCAGCUUCCACAACAGUCCCUGAAAGGCUAUAAUGACAGCCCUGAUGUCAUUAUAGAGGCGCAGUUUGAUGACAGCGACUCAGAAGAUGGACAUGGCAACACUCAAAAUGCUCUGGUUGAUGGUGUUAAGAAACUCUCAGUGUGUGUGCAGGAAAAAGGCAAAGAGGAUGCUGGUGCACCAGUGAUAAAAGACGAGAACACCUUCACGUCACAGGACUCCAGAGUGUUACCAGAGAAGUCGCUGCAGAGAUCCGCAAAGGUGGUUUACAUCUUGGAGAAAAAGCACUCACGUGCAGCGACUGGCUUCCUCAAACUCUUGGCUGAUAAGAACAGUGAACUGUUUAGGAAAUACGCCUUGUUUUCUCCCUCGGACCACCGGGUGCCUAGAAUAUACGUGCCUCUCAAGGACUGUCCGCAGGACUUUGUGACCCGGCCCAAAGACUAUGCCAACACACUCUUCAUCUGCCGCAUCAUGGACUGGAAGGAGGACAGCAACUUUGCCCUAGGGCAGCUGGCGAAGAGUCUUGGACAGGCUGGUGAAAUUGAGCCUGAAACAGAAGGGAUACUUACAGAAUAUGGUGUGGAUUUCUCUGAUUUCUCUUCAGAAGUUUUAGAAUGCCUCCCUCAGGGCUUGCCUUGGACAAUUCCACCAGAGGAAUUCAGCAGGAGAAGAGAUUUAAGAAAAGACUGUAUCUUCACCAUUGACCCGUCAACCGCCCGAGACCUCGAUGACGCCCUGUCCUGCAAGCCCCUCGCUGAUGGCAACUUUGAAGUGGGCGUGCACAUUGCUGAUGUCAGUUACUUUGUUCCUGAGGGAUCCAGUCUGGAUAAAGUGGCUGCUGAGAGAGCUACGAGUGUCUACUUGGUUCAGAAGGUUGUCCCCAUGCUUCCCAGGCUGCUGUGUGAAGAGCUGUGUAGCCUCAAUCCCAUGACUGACAAGCUGACCUUCUCCGUGAUCUGGACGCUAACUCCGAAGGGCAAGGGAAACACACCCAGCUGAACCUUGUGCUUUGGAAGUCCAGCUCUGGACCCAUGAAAUCCUCUCCGACCAUGUCAGCGGAGUCUCAUAUCUGGUUACCUCCAGCAUGUCUGUCUCACUGGGCACCAAGCUCCUGCAAAACAGAGACCACGUCCACAGGCCCUGGCUCAUCAGAGGCGUUUCAAUUUGAAGUCAUCUUUGGGAAAUAAACAUCAAUGUUACACUUUAAAGAAGGUCACAGACAAUGAAUCUAACUUGAUAUCUAAGUCCUAAAGCCUGGGAACCCUAAAAUCUCAGGUCAGAGGUCAGAAUAAUAAAGGAAGAGUCUCGCAGUUACAGUAGCAAUUCACAGCCUGUGUGUCCUGGCCUGUGCUGUCUGGCUCAGGCAGAAAAGCAUGUACUCCAGGGGGGCCCAGUUCAGCCCCAGUCCAUGGCGCACCUCUUUCAGCCACUUCUGUAGCCCCCAGCCCCAGUCAUUGUUGACUCCGGUCAUUUUCUGACCCCUCACCUCCAGGCCAGCAGUGAGUCACCUCAGCUUUGUCUCCAGCACCUCCAGAUUCUGUCCUCUUCCUCACCACUGUCAGCGUUGACGGCUGCCUCCAAGCUGCCACCCCCCUCCACCUGGACUCCAGGGGCCUCCCAACUGUCCCCCGACCUUCAGCUCCUACCCCACUUCGUCUUCUCCCUACACAGCGGUCCGAGGGAGUCUUCUAAAUCAGAAAUCAGGUCUCAUCUCUCUGUCCUUUUUAAUGACCCUCCAGUCUCUCAUUCGGAAUAAAAUCUAAGAAACCUUUAAAGUGGGAUUUUUUUUCCUAUUCUUUUUUUUCCUCUGUCUUCUCUGCUAGAAAUGCAUGGAUUCCAGAGAGUUCUUGGGACUCGAGUCUUUCCUUGUUCCUGGACCAUCUUUACUCACGUGGGAAGAGUGGCUUUUAGGGUGUGGCCGAGUUCUCUGCUGUGUGGCAGCUCCCCAGCCCACCUUCUGGGACCUGACCUCAGCGGGGUCAGCCCUUCUCAGCCGCCACCUUAGAACACCCUGCAGGUCGCUGGCCACUUCUCGUGGCUCUGGGGAAGUGUUUCCAGUCCCCACCUAACACCUCUUUCUGAACAGCAGACAUUGUAGGGGCACUGUGGGAUGUGCCAGUCCAGGCUGCCUUUUUUCAGCUGGACCUUCAGUGCUGCUUAGAGGGAUCCUUUUAUUUGUUGCUUAUGUAUUUGUUUCAAGCCUUUAUUCUUGGACAUCCUGGCAGUCCAGUGGUUAAGAUGGCGCUCCCAGCUCAGGAGCACGGGUUCUGUCACUGGUUGGGGAGGAUCUCACAUGCUGUGUAUGGUGGCAAAAAAAAAAAAAAAAAAAAUCCCAAAACAAAUAACUUUGCAGUUAAUAACAAAGGUAAAUAAGUGUGAAAUGGUAUUAAAAAAAACUUUAUUCUCGGUUCUGGCUUCCAACUUUGCUUCCAUUCCUCUCUACUUCGAGACCAAUGAUUCCCCCAGGUGACUUUCAGUUUUCCUUCUGGGAAACCAGAGAGAUCAGCCAGCUGGGUCUGCUGAAGUUCCUCCCUUCGGAGUCAUCCUUCCCGAAUCGUGAUGCAGAAAAAAACACUCCUGCUCCAACCAGAGGGUAAGCCCUCCGUCCUCCAGAUCUGAAGUAGCAUCAGCAUCCCUCUGAACCACUCAGAUCUUCACUCUCUAGCCCACCUCACCCCUGCCACAUCCCAGCAGUUCUAAGUGAUAACAGCUCUACCUUUGCCAAGCGUCCCUCAUCAGUCCUUCCUUUCCUAUCGCCACAGUCACUGUCCCUACCCAGGUCCUCACCAUCCUCCCUGCUUGACAGAGACUGUCUAUGGCCUCUUCCUUCCAUUUCCCCAGUGGUGUUAGGUGACUUUUAGAAGCUGAAUCUGGUCCCAUUACACUACUACUUAAUAUCCUCUUACAGUGGGACAGUGGGUUAUGAUUAUCCACAAAAGUCCGUAAUCUCCAGAGCAUGACCAGCACAGACCUCCACCAACCCCUUCUCGCAUUGCGUGGCCAUCCUUCAGCCCCUCAACCUCUGCUGACCAGUUCAUUUGGCCUCAUACAGAAUUGUUCUACUACUGAGACUUUGCAUAUGCUUUUUCCACUUCCUAGAGUGUCCUUCCCCUCAUCCCUACUAACAUGAAUCCUACUUAUCCUAUGAGACUCAGCUAAAAUGCCACUUCUUCCAUGAAAGUGUUAUUAUUCCUUCCUUCAUUCAUUUAGUAAAUACUCACUGAAGAUUUGCUGUGUUGAGACACUAUACAAGGUGUUGAAGAUAUAGGAAUUAAAUAUGCACCAAAAUAGAAACAGUAGUUAAUUCCCAAUGGUGGAUUCAUAGGAGAUUUUUUUUUCCUUCUCCUUUUCCCACAUAUAUAUUUUUUUUAAGUUUUCUGCAGUGAAUUGAUAUUGUCAUUGUAGUAAAAGUAAGAUUUUGAGGGGUUUUUUUCCUGUUGUUUUUUUUUUUUAAGUGAGGCGGGCAGAGAUAUUGGAGUAUGUUUGUAGGCUGCAUAGGGAGGCGAAUCAGAGAUGUUGCUGAUUAAGAAAGAAGGAACAAAGCUUUGGAACCAAGUCAUGAAGGAAGGGGCUUCCCUGGUGGCUUAGACCUACAGUGCAGGAGACCCAGGUUCGAUCCCUGGGUCGAGAAGAUCCCCUGGAGAAGGAAAUAGCAACUCACUCCAGUAUUCUUGCCUGGAAAAUUCCAUGGACAGAGGAGCCUGAUGAAAGAAGUGGGAAUUUCAGGACCUAAACUCCAGGAGGGGAGAUUAGCUCCCACUAGGAGGAUGAGGACCACAGACUUCCCUAGUGCAGAGAAGGUGCGGCGUGGGGUCCCUGCUGAAAUCUGGAAAGGAGGCAGGUUGGCCUUUCUGAGGAUGUGAGUAGAUGGGAAGAGCCCCGCCCUCCCUGUCAGAGCCCCUUUUCCCACCUCGCUGCCCCUACAGCACCUGUCAGUGCCAUUUGUAUGCAGAUCUGUCAUCCGACUGGACCUUAACAUCAUGCUUAAUUUUUUUAAAUCUCUUCUCCUCAUACACAGCACAGGGUCAAAAGCCCAAAAAUGCUUAAAAAUUACUUCAUAAAGUGAAUUGCAUAUCUAUUUUCCGGGACUUCCCUGGUGGCUCAGUGGUAAAGAAUUCACCUGCCAAGCAGGAGACAUGACUUUGAACCCUGGAUCAGGAAGGAAAUGGCAACCCAGUCCAGUAUUCUUGUCUGGAAAAUUCCAUGGAUAGAGGAGCCUGGAGGGCUACAGUCGAUGGGGUCACAAAGAGUCGGACACUAGUUAGCGACUAAAACAACAACAUACCCGUUUACACAGUUCUGUUUAGCCUGCUUUAUUAGAAUGCUUUAUUUCCUUGGUAAGGCGUUUUUAUCACAGCAGCCUUUUCAGCACCCUGAGCUGUAUCCUAGGGUUGAGGAGGGUUUGACCCAGCUGCCCGAGUGUCUUCCCCCCACUGCCUUCCCUGCUCACCCUGCUGCUGACACACCAGCUGCCACCCAUGGAAAUGCUAUAGAACUUGAAAAAUAAAACUAUGACCCUCCCGGGUCAUCUUGUGUCUGCAGCAAGCCCACAGAGCCAAGCACAAGCGCAGGACUGUGUGACUAGGGGCUGCAGGUCAUGGUAAAGAAACAGUGCUGGGUUUUAUGUCUCCUCUUAGGACACUUCAGUGGAAAUCUUGCCCAAUCAACUCCCAGUGAGAGACUAUAGCUCCCAAGGCUGAUUCUGAAAAUAAUAGAAAAGUUCCCAGAAUAUUCAUUUUUAGUCCUUAGCAGAGCAGGGCAAAGUCGCUUUAUUUCAGACCUAUAGAGGUAGCCUGGGGCCAGAGGAGCCUUUGGAAGAACUCUGUUGUGUCCUUUGUGUCCUGGUUUGCUAACGAAGAUACCAGGCAAUUAGAGGCUGACCUGAAGUGACCUAUAAGGUCACUUCAAGGUAACAGCAGACCUGAGCACAGAUUUUGCUGUGAAUCCUUGAGUUUAAAGUAAAAAUUCAAAAUAAAAUAUUUUCAAGACAUAACAAAACAAGACGUGUAUCAUUCAUAGGAUUGUUGUCACUGUUGCUUAGUCACUAAGUCGUGUCUGACUCUUUUGCAAACAAAAAAAAAUAUUUUUUUUAAUCAGCCUUUCCUGCAUUUUGAGGUUACUAAUCAUGAAGUUGAUUUAAAUUUAAGGACUUGGGUUCUGAGGUUAAUAAACAAUAUGUUGCUGUGCUGCCUGCCUUUAAAAGAAGGAUGGACCUCGUUUUUGGCGAGAUGACUUCGUUUAGUCUUUUUGGAAGGUUGGGACUGAAUUAACCUCACUGGCUUUAGAAAUCUGUGAUUCUGUUUUUCCUGCAUCUUUCUGAACCCAAUCCUUAGAAGCUUCCUCCAUAGCUGUCCUGUGCUUUCCUCCCUCUUCUCCACCUGCAGCUUCCUUCCCACAGCCCUCAGGCCUCCCAACCAGUCCACCACCUCCAAAGAGUCCUCCUGCCCGCCCAACCCGCCUCGCAACUGUCUGCACCAAAGGGAACACUUUUCAAAGACUUCCCUGGCUUCCCUGGUGUUUCAGAUGGUAAAGAAUCUGCCUGCAGUACUGGAAACCCUGGUUCAAUCCCUGGGUCGGGAAGAUCCCCUGGAGAAGGGAAUGGCAACCCACUCCAGUAUUCUUGCCUUGGAGAAUCCCACGGACAGAGGAGCCUAGCGGGUUCCUUGGCAUUGCAAAGAGUCAGAUGCAACUGGGCAACUAACGCUUUCCAAAGACUGCCUAGUCGAGGUCCCUCAUCCUCUGUCACAGGAAUGGAAUUCUCGUCUCUUGACCAUAUCCUGCCUUCAGACUCUUGUGCCAUUCUAAGGUUUACAAGGCAGACAGUUGAGGGAGUUGCCUUAUUUCUUUCAUCUUUGGCUUUGAAGUUUAGACCUUUAGAUCAAGAUGCUGGAGGGGAGUAAAAUUUGCCAUUCCAGGAUAUCUUUUGGGCUUCCCCUCAUAACUCAGUUGAUAAAGAAUCUGCCUGCAAUGCAGGAGACCCCUAUUUGAUUCCUGGGUUGGGAAGAUCCACUGGAG